AUCGCCGCAAUGGACUUCGACUCAUCCUGGUGUCCCGUAUGCGACAGGCAAAUCCUCCCCAAACGUUAUCAAGUUCCCGUUGCUCCUCCUCAACCCUCCACUCCUGUUCCUCCUCCCUCUUCUCCCCAGUCAUCUCCCACCAAAUCACAAAGGCCAAAGGUUUCUGCACGACGAAGGCAAGGCGGAGGUCUUGUCCAGGGCACCGGUCGCCUCAAGCCAAACGGCACCAUCAAGCGAACCGACUCCAUCACAAAGCCCGCUCCCCAACCACCCGCAAAGCCAGCCGCUCCGAUCAAAACUCGCACUGUAAUAGACCAGGGCCCAAUUCCUCUUUACUGCUCCGACGCCUGUCAGUUGGCUGACAUACACGCCCUCAACCGCGGUCUCCCCAUUAAUCCCAACCGCGAGCACGCUUCUCCAUGUACCCGCACGAACACCUUUUCUAUGGACGGCAGUGAUCUCGAAAGCGAUGCCACCGGAUCAUCAGUACAAUCCACAUCCUCAACGUCAUCCACAGCCACUCCAUCCAUCGCGAAACUUGCUGCCUUCCUCAACUUCCCACCCCUGCCUCCUCCUGCACCCACCUACGUUGACGACAGCAACUCGGAUUCAGAACCCCUCGAGUACAACAGCGGUAUCAUGAUGGCUGGCCGCCUCAUCGAUUCUUUGUGCCCAAAGCCCGCCAAGGAGCAAGCCCACGGAAACUAUAGGGUGAUUCCAGAGCCACGCGCACCAGUUGCAGGGUGGACCGAUGGUAGCAACGCCUGGCGGGCAUCGGUCUACAGUUUCAGCUCACAGAAGCUUUCCCGUGCUGAUGACUCCACCAAGCCAUACAGUACAGUUCCUGCAUUAUCUCACCGCUCUCGUGGCACGCAUUCGCAAUUCUCUGCCCCCACCCCCACAAAUCACACAGCCUCCCUGCCGUCAUCUUCCACCGACAUGCUUGCCAAAUUUUCAGAGUCGUUCAAUCGCCGUUCAGAGCUCCGCUCUGCUCUUCACUCUCCUCCUUCACCCACAUCGCCAGAUUACCCCGCUACCGCACCUUGCAGUCAAAAGCGCGAGCGAUCACUGCUCAGGCCCGGAGCGGAAGGGAAACUUCUCGUUCCCGACGUCAAGCUCAAGGUCAACAGUGCCUCCAGCGCAUCGCUUUCCAGCGCGUGGAGCGGACCUGCUACUGCGAGUUCAAGAAGGAGUGUUCGCAGCCCACUAUCAUCGACAAUGAGCGAUUUCAGCGACGAAGAGGCCCAGGCAACUCGCUAUGGCAGCGCUACAUCUCUUCCACAUCAAGCAAAGAGGCCAGUGGUCGAAACCCGCUCGUGGUCGUAUGACAACCUCAGAACAUAUCCUAUCAUGAAACUUCCCCCGAAGAUCGUCAAGCGAAUGGAGCGACAAAUCGUUGAUGGUGUUGAGGUCGAGGUCGAGAUCGAGGAGGUCGUCGAGGAGCCUCGCAAACGCCUCUUCUUGUUCCCCGCACCCAUUCGCUGCUCAUAAGCAGUAUUCUUUAUCCUCUUCCUUUGGGGGCUCGGGGGGUCAUCUGGGUUAUUUCAUUCUUCAUCGCUCUGCUUUCUUGCUGCACUGCCUAUAAUAUUCUCCUGCACACCAUACCUUGCACGCCAACGACACUUUACGACCUUCUACUCCACCUGCAUCGUUGCGACGACGACGACGACGGAGACACAGCAGCAUCAUCAUCUACUUGCAAUUCUCAUCAUAAUGAUACCCUACAUCCAUAUCCUUAUCGAUCCACACACACAACCUGCAUCUUAUUAUCAUCGCCGCGAAUCCUCAUCGUCCUCGUCGUGCCAACGACCCCAAAAUGUCCAUACGCCAACCGCACUUGCUGUCGUGUCAGGCCUCUGGCCUUCAAACUUCCUGUAAUACCAAGCCUUGUACUUUUAUCUGUUUGUUUAUCGUCGGUCUGCAGAACUCUUCCCUUUUCCUCAUUGUAUUUUGGUGUAACUUUUUUACAUAGCAUUAUUACCCCAGCAGCAUUCACAUAGCCUGCCGUUGUUGGCAGGCAUGAUUAAUUCCCUUAUACCAUUUUUUGCAUGGCAAGUUACCUGUACAAAGUUCAUAGGAAUUCAAAAACACUUUGAAAGUCACUCAUAUCUCCGUGAACUUGUC